AGUGCGCAGGUAUAAAUAGCAAGGUGUCACUCCCAACCUCCAAGACGGAGCUUCUCCUGCUGCCGCCAUGAAGGUCCCAGCCCUCCUUCUGCUCUUCAUCGCCGGCACGCUCGGCCAAUCCUGCGUUGGUCGAUGCGGAGUGAAUGACGGGGUGUCGGGCUGCCAGUGCAACUCCGUCUGCAGCAACUACGGCGACUGUUGCAGCGACUACGAGGCAGUCUGUUUCUCUUGCAAGGACCGGUGCGGGGAAGGGUACGUGUACUCCAAGCCGUGUCAGUGCAACAACGAGUGCGGCUCCCACGGAAACUGCUGUUCUGACUACGAUGUGGAGUGCGGAGGAGGAACCGGCGGAGGAGUGACGGACACUGACCUGAGGAACUUGAUGGAGGAGCUCUACUCCCUGGAUGUAAACAGCGUCGGCAACCAGCUCGUCCUCGACCACCAGGGACAGGGAUCUUCAGGAGACCUCGCCCCUGAGAGUCUCUUCGUCUCGGUGCCUGAGUCCGCGCUGACAGGCCCCACCAUCAGCCUCCUCCGCCAGCUGCAGGACAACUACAUCCCCUCCGUGUCCUUCGCCGAGGACGAGGACGCGGCGGAGGUCGCGGAGCAGGAGGCCUUCCUCGACGCCGUCAUGGCCACUCAGGUCAUGCAGCGCGCCGAAACCUUCCUUACGGAGAAAAAUCUACUGAGUGGGAGCCUGCGAGACAAGCUGAAGGAGAUCUGGUUCAUGAUGUACACAAGGUCGGGGAGCAUCCUGGGCUCCUCUGGCUUCGAGCACGUGUUCGUCGGGGAACUGAAGAACGGGGUCGUGUCGGGCUUCCACAACUGGGUCAGCUUCUACCAGGAGGAACUUGACGGAAACCUCAACUACAUGGGUUGGUCGAAGAAGGUCGACCUCGGAGAUAAGGGAGAAAUCAUCAAUGACCACUUUGAAUGGCUGGGCGAACCCAAAAACACCGGGUCAAUGAUGGUCGGCACCUCACCCGAGCUGGACAUGGCAAUGUUCACCGUGUGCUUCCUGGCCCGACCCGACUCCAAGUGUCCCACGCAGAUGAACGGUCAACAGUUCCAAGUUCAGACCCACCCUUCCGAUUAUGAUGGCCAUGUUCUUGUUGGCAGCGCUUAUCCUGUUAUAUAAAAGCAUUGAUGCUUGA